AUGGAGCCGCCUCGCUGCUUCAAGAAGCUGGAACUGGACGAGAAGAAGUGGUUGAAGAACUACACGGAGAAGGUUGUGGCUCACUUCAUCAAGGACAAGUUGCCGUUCAUGCCCCGGAAGGGCUGGAUUGAGCGGAAAGUGUUGACCAAGGAGCUUUGGCCCCCUGAGGCAAAGUUGAAGGACAUCGUGGAAAUCUUGAAUUGGGCUUCCCUUCGUGCUUAUGGUCAGAGGCAGCGUGUUUGGUCCGAAAGGAAAGGAAAAGACCACGAUGGAGCCGGGAUCAAAGAGAAGUUGGAGACGGAGGAUCGCGAGGCCCUUCUCACAACACCUUCCAAGUUGCCAUUCAAGGAGUUUGAAAGGCAUGUGGCGGUGGCCUUUGACCCCAAGAAGGAGCAGUUUCAACUUCGAAAGGGAGCCUGCGACGGAGCUUGGCCGACGCGCCUGUCAGCCAAAGAAUUUGCGAGGCUGUGCAAUGGCGCCUUUGAGGAAUGCGCGUAUGGCGCCCGCUUCUCGUCAGCCUUCAUUGCUCAGGGUGCGGACAUCAUCAUGUUGGCAGAUGAGCUCAAGGAAUCCCUGCGGCGCGAGAGUGCGAGCCUGUGUAGCCUGAUGAGCGACUUCGACAAGGCAAGCUCGCCCUUGAUUUCUUCAGAUCCUUCACAGGCCGGGACUAGCACUCGGGCGCGAUCCAAGAGUGGGGAUCUCCCGGGGCGUGUUCCGUCAGGUUGCUUGCAGCAGGCCAAGUAUAGUGCUGGAUUUGCCUCGCGCGCAGCCUGUUCGUUGCAACGCACCGCAGAACGCUUCACGCAGCAUGUCGUCAUUGAUAGUCCCAAGCGCCCUGUAAGCCUAGACGAUGCGCAAGCGCAAUAG